AUGGUUAUGGAUAGCAUAGAUUCUCUGUCUCCACCGUCUCCGUCUCAGUAUCAGAUCGGCCACCCGCGCCAUUUCUACCUCGCAGUUGACAGGCUUCAAUUCAAAAUGCAAACGUUGGUUGAUCUUCUCGAUUUGGUGGGUCGCCGUUCUUGCUUACCCAUUGUUGUCUGUUGCAGUACUCGCGAUGACCUUGACUCUCUCUGCUCCUCUCUUUCACCUCUCCCUUUCAUCUCCUCUUCCGCUUUGUAUAGUGACCUUGCUGAAGAUGAGCGGGCUUUUGUUUUAGACAAGUUUUGUCAAGUUGCGACAAAGUGGAAUCAGGUUAAUCAUGCUGGAGCAGGAAAUGAGGAUGAUGUUGGGAAAGAUGAUAGAUCUCAUAUGGUUAUUGUCACAGAUGCUUGCCUUCCUCUUCUUACUUCCGGGGAGUCUCCGAUGAAUGCACAUCUUCUCAUUAAUUAUGAGUUACCGGCUAAAAAGGAAACAUAUGGAAGGCGUUUGGCAGCUUGUCUAACAGCUGAUGGAAUUGUUAUCAAUAUGGUUGUCGGUGGAGAAGUGGUAACUCUAAAGAGUAUUGAAGAAAGCACCGGUAUUGUCAUGCAAGAGAUGCCAAUGCAAAUUCUUGACAUUUUAUGA